CGGAUCUCAGCACCCGUCAUCCGAAUAUUUCUUACUCUUAAAAACAAGAUGUCUGCGCCCAUGAGAGAAAAUGCCGGUUGAUAUUGGUAUCAUCUCAUGUGAUCUUACAUAAGUUCUUCCGAGAUGUUUAUUUGUCCAGGCUGUCUGAAACUUACAAUAAAUAAACACGUCAGAGUAAUCUGGAAAAUAGCAUCGUUUAACCAUCCCAGACGAAAUGUAAACGUAACCAGACAUGGGAACAGAUUCUUUUCAUCUUCCUCAGCGUCUUAUGCAAAAGCUGGUGACGAAAUUGAUCUUGCUAAAUUUUCUCCGGCAAAUAUACGAAACUUCAGCAUUAUAGCUCAUGUUGACCAUGGAAAAAGUACAUUGGCAGACAGACUUCUUGAAAUAACAGGUACUAUACCUAAGAAUGCUGGAAACCAGCAGGUUCUGGACACACUACAAGUGGAGAAGGAGCGUGGCAUCACGGUCAAGGCUCAGACUGCUUCGCUGUUCCACGUCUACAAAGGCCAGACCUACCUUCUAAAUCUUAUUGACACACCAGGUCAUGUUGAUUUCAACUAUGAGGUGUCAAGGUCACUUGAAACCUGCCAGGGUGUUGUACUAUUGGUGGAUGCUAACCAGGGAGUUCAAGCCCAGACCAUGGCUAAUUUCUUUCUGGCUUUUGAACGAAAUUUAACUGUGAUACCGUGCCUUAAUAAGAUAGAUCUCUACAAUGCCAAACCUGAAAUGGUUCUGGAACAGCUGAACAAUGUGUUUGACAUAGACCCUGAUGAUGUGCAGAAGAUAUCUGCCAAGGUUGGCACUGGUGUAGAAGAUUUGUUAACAACUAUUAUAGAAAAGAUUCCACCCCCACAGGGAGACAGAAACAAGCCCCUUAAGUGUUUGGUAUUUGACUCACAGUAUGAUCAGUACAGAGGAGCUGUGGGAAAUGUAUUAGUCAUAGAUGGCAGUGUAAAGAAAGGUGAUAAAAUCAUGUCAUUAUUUUCAAAAAAGUCCUAUGAAGUUCAGGGAACUGGCAUCCUGCAGCCUAAUGAGAAAUUGGUCAAUGUCCUAUAUGCUGGACAAGUAGGCUACAUACACGCUAACAUAAAGAAGAUCUCAGACUUCCAAGUAGGAGAUACUUUCUGUCACCAGAAAUCUCCAGUGGAACCAUUGCCAGGGUUUAAACCUGCUGUAUCAAUGGUGUUUGCUGGAAUCUUCCCAUCAGACCAAUCAAAGCUGCCAGUGUUGAAGGCAGCCAUUACCAAACUUACCCUCAAUGAUAGUAGUGUGUCUGUUAAUAUAGAAAACAGUGCCGCUAUUGGACAGGGCUGGAGACUAGGAUUUCUUGGAAUGCUUCACAUGGAUGUAUUCUGUCAAAGACUGGAGCAAGAGUUUGGUGCAUCAGUUGUCAUCACGGCUCCUAAUGUACAUUACAAAGUUCGGAUAAAAGGAAAAAAGAACAUUAAGAGUUAUGGAGAUGAGGUUGUGGAUGUGCUGAACCCCUGUAAGCUACCAGACUUAAGCAUCAUAGAGGAAUUCAUGGAACCUAUGAUCACAGCUACCAUUAUCAUUCCUGACCAAUACCUCAUCACUGUACUCUCACUCUGCCACGCAAGACGUGGUGAACCUCAGGAACAGACUUAUAUAGAUCAACACAGAAUGGUGAUAAGGUGUAUAUUCCCACUUAACGAGGUGCUCGUCGACUUCUUUGAUGAACUGAAAUCUAUCACCUCUGGCUAUGCAAGUUUUGAUUAUGAGGAUAACGGCUAUCGACAAUCUGAACUUGUUAAACUCGAAUUUCUCAUCAACAAACUUCCAGUUGAAGAGAUGACAAUGAUCUGUCACAUUAGUAAGUCUAAAAUGCGAGGAAAGGAGGUUUGUGCUCGAUUGAAGGAACUCAUCCCUCGCCAGAUGACCUACGUGACAAUACAGGCAAUCAUUGGGAGUACCAUCAUUGCAAGGGAAGACAUCAAACCUAUCAAGAAAGAUGUUCUUGCUAAAUGUUAUGGAGGUGAUGUGACGAGGAAAAAUAAGCUGCUAAACAAGCAGGCAGAUUAUCUGAAAAAGCUUAGACAGGUGGGAACAGUAAAAAUACCAAAGGAUACGUUCAUCAAUGUGUUAAGGAAAAAGUAAUAGCUCUACAAAAUAAUUAAAGACUAGCAGUGAGAAAUCAUGAGUGAUUGUAAAAAGUGUGCAAGAUUAAUUCUAAGACUGUGUGCUCACUGUAUUUUACUUGAAGCAGGGAUGGUACCGACUGGACUUUACAUCAUACUCAAUGUCCUAACUUCUCUGUUGAUGCUAUACAAUGUAUCAGCAUCAUUACUGUGAGCUCAUAUAGUUACAGUAUCAGACUGCUACAGGGAAGUUUUUUACACGUCAUUCAAUGAUAAUCUUCUACAUGUAUUUAUUUAUAAUAAAAUUACUUUUGUUGACAAUUCACA